AUGCGUCCAGAAGAUGAGAAUGACCUAGAGAUGCCACAUGUUGCUCCUCUUCACAGAGGACACAGGGCCAUCCGAGGUAUGCAUUCAAUGCACGUACCCCUAGGAGUAGGACGAGGAGAGGAGAUGCAUGCUCAGUCGUGUCUGACUCUUUUUUUGGCCUCAUGGGCUGCAACCCACCAGGUUCCUCUUUCCAUGGAAUUUUCCAGGCAAGAGUACUGGAGUGGGUUGCCAUUGCCUUCUCCAGGGGAUCUUCCCGACCCAGGGAUGGAACCCACAACUCCCGUGUCACAUUCAUUGGCAGGUGAAUUCUUUACCACCGCUUCACCUGGGAAGCCCCUUAUGCACACUCCGAACAAUCUCCAAAUUACAGAAAAUGUGUUGUUGUUAACUUCAGUUUCUUUGAGUCAUCACUGUGCUUCUCAGUACGAAGAAAAUUAG